CUCCACCCAAAACACACACGUAACUACCCCUCCCUGUCCCUUCUUUUUCUGGUCCCCUUCCUAACCUAACCUCCAACAAAACCAAAACCAAAAAAAAACAAUAACAAAUGGCUGGAAUCGGAACCGUGGUGGUUUUUGAUUUUGACAAGACCAUUAUCGACGUGGACAGCGACAACUGGCUCGUGGAUGAGUUGGGUUUCACUGAUCGCUUCAACCAACUUCUCCCUACCAUGCCAUGGAACUCUGUCAUGGCCAGGUCUGGAUUAGGGGCCGGCUAUGAUAAUCCCCGUUAUCCGCAGGACAAGAUGAUGAAUGAGAUCCACGCCAAGGGGAAGAAGAUUGAGGACAUUGAAGAGGUUCUCAAACGGACGCUCAUCCAUCCCCGGAUAGUUCCUGCCAUUAAAUCAGCUUAUGCUUUAGGGUGUGAUUUGAGGAUAGUGAGCGAUGCGAACGUGUUCUACAUUGAAACCAUCUUGGAACACCAUGGCAUCCGUGAAUGCUUCUCGGAGAUCCACACAAACCCGGGCUAUGUCGAGGAAGGCCGGCUAAGAAUCCGCCCUUACCAUGAUUUCCACACUUCUCCCCACGGCUGCAACAAUGUCUGCCCACCCAACAUGUGCAAGGGUAAGAUUAUAGAAAGGAUUCAAGCCUCCUUGGCUAAGGAAGGGAAGAAAAGAAUGAUUUACCUUGGUGAUGGGGCUGGUGAUUUCUGCCCCAGCCUGAAGCUCAAAGAGGGAGAUUUUCUGAUGCCAAGGAAAGAUUUCCCAGUCUGGAAAUUGAUAACUGAGAACCGAAAGCUCUUGAAGCCUGAGAUUCAUGAAUGGACUGACGGUGAAGAGCUCGAGCGCAUUCUGCUUCAUCUCAUUAACAAGAACUUACCUGCAGCUCAACCCAAGUUCCAGAAAGUUUCCAUCCAGGCUCACAAGGCCUUGCCUAAAGCUAUCCCUGUGCCAUUUUAGUGCAGGCGGGCAAAUUAAAGUUGCUUAAUUGCUAUCUGUUUUUUUUAUUGCAGGCCGGCAAAUUAGAGUUGCUUAAUUGUUAUCUGUUGAAACUAUUGCACCAGGUGUGAACUAGCCUACUAGUUCACCCUGAUGGACCAAUGUUGUAGCCAUGCUUAAUGCUUUAGUUACUGAACUGAAACAAAGAGGCCAGUAGUCAUCAUCUGAGCCCUAUUUUUAUGAUUAACAUGCAAUAAUAAAGUCAAAUAGUUCUCAUAAAUAAGAUCCGAGUUACACUA